AUGAAACAAAAAUGCAACAGUAAAAGAAAAACAACAAAAAGCAAAAGCAAAACAUAAAACAUGAAGAUAGAGAGAGAGAUAACUCACCUGAUGCACCCACGACACAAACUGAGGCUCGAGUACACUGAGAUCCCCUACAACUGUGAUGGGUGCAAGGAAGCUGGUAUUGGCUACAAAUACAAGUGCCAACAAUGUGGAUUCAACUUGCACAAGGUUUGUGCCGUUGGUGCCCCCAGAAUCACCCAUCCUUUCUAUGAAAAAUGUGAAUUUAAAUUAUACUAUUAUCCCCCUGGCAAAGGAAAGCGAGUGUGUGAUGCAUGUAGAACUUAUGUUCAUGGAUUUGUGUACCACUGCAAUAGUUGUGACUUCGAUCUCCAUCCUUGUUGUGCAAACCUCCCACAAGUCCUUGAUGAUGGUAAACACAAUCUUUACCUGUGUAACAAGCUCUCAAGCUCAUGCCAUAGCUGUGGAGGGAAGGGACUCGGUUGGUCGUACAGGUCGCAGUGCAAAACUUAUAACCUUCAUCUGUCAUGUGUGAAAGAGAUGCUGGUGGAAAGCUGGCAAGCCAUAUAUUUCAAUGUGGAUAAGAAUAAGGUUAGGCAAAUGCAUACUUCUAUCCCAAGCCUCAAGGGAUCACUGCAAAAUCGUCCUGGGGCAAGAGGAACGGUUAAGAAGUAUGGUCAGAUGGCUGGUACUGCAGCUCGUGCCAUUAUCUCCGCCAUUUUGGGGGACCCUACAGCUAUAGUAGCAGCUGUAAUUGGUGGCAUCAUAUCAAAAUAAAAGAACUCUAGAAAAUGUCUAACGUCAUUAUGAAAAGGGAAAGUGCAGUAUCAAGUAAACAAAAUUCUGUUCACAAUUCUCAGGUCCGUGCAGAAGAAUAGGAACUACUUUCAAGCAUAUUUUUCCAAUUCUAUUUCUGCCAAGGAGAAUAUAAUUGAGAAUGGUGAUCUUGAAUACUGAAAACUAAACUUCAUUUUGGUCAUAUGUAACUACUUGUCUUGUCCGUAGGGAACAUAUAAACUCCACGAACUUGGAUA